CUUGUCGUGCCCACUGAUCCCCACUUGGAGCUCAGCGUUAGUUCUCCCCGCUCUGCCCCCGUCUAUCCGCCCGCCGCCCACAACAAAGUAACCCUACCACACUGUGGCUUUCUAAUAUACCAAUCUACCCCAUUCUACCAUGCACUGCACCAACACAGCUCCAGAUAGCUGCUGACUUCACAAUCGCUCUUGCUUGGGACAAGCGAUUUAUCCCAGCCUUUGCAGGCUUUCCUUCCACCUUCCGCCAGCUUCGACACGGACAGCCGCCGGAUCUGUCGUGUCAGCAUAACAUGACCAUAGAAACGUGCAACUGGAGAUGAGAUGCGACUCUGCCCCGCUCACGCUCAGCCCUGCAAGUUUAUCCAGCUCUCCCUGGUUCCUGAUGAAGAAUGAGCUUGUGGUCGGCUGGCAGAGGCGCCGCUAAGAUGUCGACCGUGGUGCUCCCAACCCCGAAGCAGAUUCGAUUCGUGAAUAACGAGGGUCGCCCACCGGCGAAGAGGAGGAGGGUCGAUGCCGCAUGCCAGACGUGUCGCAAGCGAAAGAUACGAUGCGACGGAAAGCGUCCGGAAUGCUCGACGUGCAAAGAAAACCGGCAUGUGUGCAUGGGGUAUGAGGCUCCAUCGAACUCGGGUGCAGGAAAGAACUCGGAUACCAAAAACUUUGCUGCCGACGACGCCGACGAGGACGACGAGGACAACAUACACGAAGACAUCAGGCCGAAGAUUCCUUCCCCCACCUCCCGGCGAGCUGAUACGAAGCUUCAUAGAGUCCUCUCUGAGGAACAUAGGAUUUCCGAGGAAUCGACUGGCUAUGGCGACCAGUCACCAGGUGCCGCUGGUGACAAUACAGCAUACACUGACGAUGGCCAAAGUUCCCAGACCCUGAAUCGCCGAGUCCCAUAUUUCCGUUGGUUCGGCCCAACGGCCAUCGUGCGGGGAUUUAAACAGAUGGUAGUGUCUGUUAGUCAUCCUGGCCGUAAAAUAGGUCCUACAUCGCUGUCGUCUGCAUCACCACUAUCAAACUCCUAUAGCCCUGGAGGAGACCAAAUUUUUUCAAAUCCACGUCGCUCAUCAAUGUCGAUUGGAGAGCCACGGAACGAUCUUGGGCUGCCAUUAUAUGAUAUUAGCAAUUCAGAGCCAGUUCCAUCAUUGAUAAAGCACCUCGUCAAGAUCUUUUUCGUACAUCUCGGAUGCAACUUUCCAUUUCUACGCAAAGAUAAGGUGCUACGAAUGAUGGAUGACAAGCACUUGGCGCCAAUACUCGUUGAUGCGAUUUGCUCUCUAUCUGCACGGUUCUCAGAAGACCCUCAACUAAUUGGCUCUUUUGGCCCAAAACGCCUCAAGUCGGAAUACGGCCAAGCAUUUGCGCAGCGUGCUAAGGCCGUCGUCACAGACACCUUCCUAUGCCCAACAGUGGAAGCUCUGCAAGCCUGUCUACUUCUCGCAUACGAGGCUUUUGGAGACAACAAGGAUAGCGCCUUGUGGAUGUACACCGGAUGUGCGAUACGUAUGGCAUCUGACCUUGGACUAGAAAAACUAGAUGGGAUCCGCAUCCAAGGUGGCCGACUGCCUAAUUAUUCUCCAAUCCACAAUGACUUCAAUCAGCGCCAGUCUGAUGGUCACCCAGGCGCAGAUAUCGAGCAAAAGGCAUCAGAGCAGGAACGCAUUGACACUCUUUGGGCCAUUUUUACACUUGAUAGGUUCAUCUCGUCCGGAUUAGGAAGACCAGCCACGAUGCGGAGGGAAGACUUUGAGCUAGGCCUACCUGUCAUUACGAUGCUGCCGAAGAGCAACUGGCCCGCACCUCUACCAGCUCUAAUCCAGAUUAUACACCUCUACGGUAGAGUAUCAGAUCUUUUGAAUGGCAUCAAAGGAACUGAGGACAUGACAGAAGGGAAAUUACAAGGCCUCGAAGACAUAUCGAUGGAGGUGACGGCUUGGCAAGCAUCACUGGGUAAAAAACUCGCGUUCAAUUUGGGAAAUUUUUCACAUUAUGACAAGGCCGGCGAAGGAACCAACUUUAUCCUACUUCACUUCUGGUACCAUACACUCAUCAUGGUUGUGUACUGCCCUCAGCUAUGGAGCAGUGCAAUCGCCCAACUACUACCCAAUGACAACCGCAAGUUAAGUAUGUCAUCGGCUAAAACCAUAGCGGACAUCCUGGCAUUCGCAUUUACGAACGAGUCAAAGUGCUUCGUCGGGAACCCCUUUACGAGCCAGCCCAUGUACUUUGCCGCUUCUGCAUUCCUCAUGGAAACGAACAUCCAAAAGGCGUCAUCGCCUACUUCUAGAGAAGGAACUCCACAUAAGGAUACGAAGGCCUCCAGCAAAGCAUCUGUAAAUGUUAAUAUAAAAUGCGAACCUUCGCACCACAAUACGAAACAGACCAAAGUGAAGGCUCAAUCCAACCCUAGUCAGGAUUACCUAUGUUGUUAUAAAGCCCUUCAGCAACUGGAAACAUACUGGGCCGGAACAAAAUACAUAUUGACUGCCCUUGACCAGAAAGCUAUAGGCAUUGCAGACCCAGAGGCCUUCACAUCAGAGGAAAUGGAAAGCACAAAGGUUCGUCCAGGUACCGUACACGAUUGGAAACGAACUCUUCCGCCUCCGUUUGCACAACCGUCUCCUAGCAUGAAAUCUAUGGCUCCGAAGAUGUCCCCAAAGACCGAAGGAUCUGCGUCGCCCACUGUGGAUGGAGGGACAAAUCAGCCUAUCUGGUGGGCAUUGACAGGAACGACGAACUCUCCCAACUCGAAUGUAACUUUGAUGUUUCCGCAGGCACCUGGCGACACUGCAUCGCCAGCUCCGCCACCCGCAACAGGACAGACCCAACAUAAGUUUUAUGAUCCUAUUCGCCCAAGCGUCCCGGAAUCCACGAGACCAACGAAUAUAACAGUUACGUAUCCGCCAUACAAUAUUGGCUAUUCUCCGCAGCAGCCGCAGCAGCAUAUACCAAUGCAGCAAAGCAUGGUACCACCAUCACAAAGGUAUAACACGAUCGACGAUAGUCACAGGGACGCUGCAAUGCUCAUUGAGCUAAAGCAGUCGCCUAAUCCCUAUGGAAGAAGCAUGGCUCCCAACCCCUACGACACAAUGAGCAGCCAGCCUUCGACGGGGCCCUCGCAGCACUUGGCGCACGGGCUGUACGAUGGCCCUGUGCGGUACGAUUAUGGGGCGGCCUUCGGCCCCAUCACGGAGAUGCCCUACCAGGGCUGGGGCGUAACUGGCUACUAUGGUCUGGACAUGGAGGGCGUUACACUGGGGUCGGGCGAUAUGACCUUCACGACGCGGGAUGUCGAUUUGAGCAAUAUGGAUACCGAUUUUUCGCAGAUUCUGGAACAUGUGCAGUAUCUGCCAAACACAGACUUCAACGUGGGCGGUGAUGUAGGGCACUAUAGGGGUAACGGGGAGUAAGGGGAGUAAUGGGAGUAAUUGGGGGUAAUGAGGAAUAAUGGGUAGGCGGGAGGCGCUCGAGGGAGAAAGGGGAUGGGCUGGUCUGUGUAAUCUGGGGGAUAACCACCAAUGCGUUUGUGUGUGGGUGAGGUGGGUGGACAUCUGACUACGAUUAUGACUGAUAUGAAACACGGCUUCGCCGCAAUAUGUUUUUUAUUUUCAUUUCAUAUGUAGAUACCCUUUUUCCAUGUCGUACUCUCUCAAUAUUUAAACAUUUUCUAUGAAGAAUAUCAUGCUCUUAGUUAAUGUGUUGUUUCUCUUCAAAAUGAGAACGGUUCGCGGGGUCCAGAGAUCCGUUUUAGGUUUAGUGCCACGUUGAGGGGGACAGGAAGGAACGACGCAUAUCUGGGGACGUCGAUUCUAGAACAGGGGCAAAUUAAAGAGUAGUGAUCUAAGGGCAAUAUAACUCGAUUAAGUCUCAAC